AUGACAGAUGCCCACACUGCUCGGACGAUCGUCGGAAUCAUCGGAAACGUGAUCUCCUUCGGCUUGUUCUGCUCUCCAGUACCAACGAUGAUAAAGAUAUGGAAGAUGAAAUCAGUGUCGGAGUUUAAGCCAGAUCCGUACAUAGCUACGGUUUUAAACUGCAUGAUGUGGAGUUUUUACGGACUUCCUUUUGUUCAACCCGACAGUCUCCUCGUCAUCACGAUUAAUGGAACUGGUCUUUUCAUGGAACUCGUUUAUGUCACCAUCUUCUUCAUCUUCGCCACCUCUGCUGUCCGCAGAAAGAUCACAAUAGCUAUGGUGAUUGAGUUGAUAUUCAUGUCGGUGGUGAUCUUCUGCACUCUGUACUUUUUGCAUACAACAAAACAAAGAUCUAUGCUUAUCGGGAUCAUGUGCAUUGUUUUCAAUGUUAUCAUGUAUGCUUCGCCUCUGACCGUAAUGAAACUUGUGAUAAAGACAAAGAGCGUGAAGUACAUGCCGUUCUUCCUGUCAUUAGCCAGCUUCAUGAACGGUGUCGUUUGGGUCAUCUAUGCAUGUCUUAAAUUUGACCCAUAUAUUUUGAUACCAAAUGGUCUUGGAUCCCUCUCAGGAUUAGUACAGCUUAUAUUAUACGCAACUUACUAUAAAACAACUAACUGGAACGAUGAAGAUGAAGAUAAAGAAAAGCGGUUUUCUAAUGCUGAAAUCGAGCUUGGCCGAGCUUGA